AUGGCACACCGGCAUUUAAUGGCAGUUUGUGUUGUUUGCUUACUUUGUGCAGAACAUCUCCCGUGUAAGGAACACAUUCUAGCAAAUAGCAACAAUAACAAUAUCGAUUCUAAUGAUUGGAAAACUGGAAAUACUGACUUAUCAUCAAAAUCAAAUUAUAAUUAUCGACUUAAUUCAAUUAUUGAUGUAGCAGCUGAAAAUUAUUACGAUGAAAAUAGAGAUAAAUAUAAGAAAGAAAGGAGAGAUGAAAUAUUAUCGAGGAAGAAGCGGCACGCAGAUCAUUCACAUGGAGUUUCAACAUCACAACAUCGACUUGAAAUGCCAGAAGUAACAAAAAUACAUUUAGAAAAAAUAAUUCGUCAAUUUAGCAGCAACCAAACAACAAUGAACGUUCAUGCAUUUGAGGACAUGAUUACACAGCUUAAACUUAAUUAUUUAUUUAAUUUAUCAAAACAUAAUACUGAUCAUAAAUCAUGUAUGAGCGAGGAGACUUUUCUGAUGAAAUUGACACAUAUGAAGGAUGAACACAGUCACGCGGGGAAAACACAUGAUCACAGUCACGCGGGGAAUGAUCACAGCUACAAUCACAGUCAUGAAGAUCAUGAACACAGCGGAGACAAAGAAAGCGAUGAGGAAUUCAGCGAUGAUCAUGAAGGACAUACUCACAGCCACGAAGAUCAUUUGGACCAUGACCAUCAUGUAGAUUACGAUCAUCAUGUAGAUCACGAUCAUCAUGUAGAUCACGACCAUCACCAUGAUAUAGAAUUAAGCUCAGAAAAUAUGAUGUCAAUAUGUCCUAUCCUCCUUUAUUACAUAAUUAAUCGUGAUACUACAUUAAGUGAGAAUUCAUGCUUUGAUGCAGCACAUUUUAAUACAAAAGACACAAUUACUCCUUUAAUAGAAAUGGAAGAUAGGAAGCUUGUGUGGCUUUAUUCAUCAAUAAGUGUGUUUAUAGUCAGUGCAUGUGGAUUAUGUGGUGUUAUUGUCGUUCCAAUUAUGGAUAAGCAAUAUUAUCAUUUAAUUUUACAAUUCUUAGUGGCUCUUGCGGUUGGUACAAUGACUGGCGAUACAUUACUUCAUUUAUUGCCACAUGCCAUGCUUCCACUAUCACCAGAUCAAGACUUACAUCAAUCAAUGAUGCAUCGUGGAUUAAUAAUAUUUUCAUGCAUUGUUUUCUCAUAUUUCUUUGAGCGCUUUAUAGCUACAAUUAUGGAAUAUCGACAGAGGAAGGAGAAGAACGAUAAAAAUCCAAAGAAACAUAUUCGCGUUGUUCGAGAAUCGGAAUCGAAUUCUGUUAAUCCAACAACGUGUAAACACAAAUAUUCAUCGUAUCCAUAUUGUUAUGAUGAAAUUAAUUUAGAAGCAAAAGAACAUAAUCAUGAAUUGGAUGAGAAGGAGGAGAUGCUUAGUCCUAAAGAUAAGGAUAUUGUGAUUAUACAAAAUGACACCAAAAAAAUUAACGGAUUGAUUCAUGAAAAUAGUAAUGAUAUUGAUAAUACAACAUUAUCGACUAGCUUAGAUGGAUCAAUUGAGAGCAGUGCACUGUUUAAUAAUGUUAAGCAAUCAGGAAAUCCUGUAUCUAAUUCUGCAUCUUUUAAUGCUAAAACAGAGGAGCACGACGAGGAAAAACUUACAAUUAUUUUAAGAGAACACCAAACAAAACACCAUGGACAUUCACACACACAUGGACAUGUUCAUUCGCCACCUGAAUCUUUAUCAGCUGUUGCUUGGAUGGUUAUUUUAGGAGAUGGUUUGCACAACUUUACAGAUGGUAUGGCAAUUGGAGCUGCCUUUUCAGGUAGCAUUGCUGGAGGAUUUUCUACUUCACUUGCUGUUUUAUGUCAUGAAUUACCACACGAAUUGGGAGACUUUGCGGUUCUUCUGAAAGCUGGAAUGAGUCCAAAGAAAGCUAUUUGCUAUAAUAUUUUGACUGGAGUUUUGUGCGUGUUUGGUAUGAUUACUGGCGUCUUAGUUGGUGAUACACCCGAAGCAUCUCAAUAUAUUUUUGCCGGAACUGCUGGUCUAUUUAUUUACAUUGCACUUGUUGAUAUGAUGCCUGAAUUAACGUCAUCACACGGAAAGGAAGGAAACUGUAUGCUUGUUCAAUGCUCAUUACAAUUCAGCGGUAUGUUAAUUGGUUUAUUAAGUAUGCUGUUUAUUGCCAUUUAUGAGCACGAUCUGAUGGAAGUGUUUACCAAGUCUAGCUCCUAA